AUGCAUAUCAAAAAUAAUGGAAGUCAAAUUUCUUUAUAUUAAAGUCCUUCUCGAAUCAUUAAAGAAGUUUCAGAGGUUUCUAAAGAAUCAGCUAAUAGGAAGGUUUUGGAGAGGAGAAUUAAUGAGUUGGAAAUGAAAUUGAAAUAAUAGGAACAUGUUAUUUAGAGAUAAUAAUCUUAAUUAGAAGAAGCUACAUAAGAAACAUUAUAAAUAGGUAGAUAAUUUUAAGAUGCACUUAAUGAUGUUAGAUAGAUGCGUAUACUUGGAGAAAAGAAAGAUUAAUAAAUUGGAAUGUUGUUGGAAGAAAAUGAUAAAGUAGUAUAAUUAUUAGAGAUCUAAAGAAAUAAUUAAUCAAUGGAUAUGACAGAUACUAUUUAAAAAUUAGAAUAAUAAAUAAAAGAUCGUUUUAUUUGUGAAAAAAGAUUAAAUGAUGAAAUCUAAUAAUACAAAAUUAAAGUAAUCAAUUAAAGUUAAACAUUAGUUACAUUAAUAUGAAGAUUAAAUCAAAGAUAAAAAUCAUCUUAUAGAAGAAUUAAAAGAUAAAUUAACACAUCUAGAAAAACAAUGUUCAACUGAUAUUUCAUUAGGUGUUCUUGCAAAUAAGAGAGGAACUGAGAUUGAAAUUUUAACUUUACAUAAUAGUGAACUAUAAUCUAAGAUAUAAGACUUAACACGUAAAAUACAGUUACUAUUGGAGGAAAACUCUAAUUUAUAGAAAGCAAUAGGAAUAGAGAAGAAUAAGGAAAAUGAAGCUAAAGUUUAUUAAGAAGAUAAGUUUUAAUAAAAGAUUAAAAUAAUAAAUGAAAAUCAUUAGAUAGAUGUGUAAAAAUUAAAGGAAUAACAUAAAUAGGAAAUUUAAGAAAAAAUAGACAUUAUUAAUAAUUUAAAGGCAACUUAAAAUCUAUAUAAUUCAAGUAAAAAAUUUGUUGAUGAAUUGAAAUCAGCCAGAAAUUCUAUUUAAAAUAAUUAAUCUGAAAUGUCAAAAUAUAAGUCGCUUUAAGGAUAAACUGAUGAUAUUAAUUAAGAAUAUGAAAAAUUGCUAAAGAAAAAUAAUUAAUUGAGUGAAUAGAAUUUUUUAUUAUAAUAGAGAAUAAGAAAAGAUGAAAUUAAUAAUAAAGGAAAAAUGUAAUAAUUAGAAAAGGCUAAUGAAAAAUUAUUGGAAACACAAUAAAUUAAUGAAUCAAAAGUAGAAGAAUUAUAAUAAUAAUUGAAAUAACUACCAACAAGAUUAAGGGAGAAAAGUGUAGAUGAUUUAAAAUUAAGAGUGGAAUAAACUAAAUUAACUGAAUUAGAUAAUAAAAUUAAGAAAUUAUAAGAAAAGAUUGAUUUAUAGAAUUUAGAAAUUAAAGAGAAGAAUUAAAAAAUUAAUUAAUUAUAAGAAUAAGUGAAAUAGGUUAUUUAUGAGAAAGAUAAUGAGAUUUAAUAGAAUAAAUUGGAAUGUGCCUAAGAAGUCAAAUAAGUUUAAGAUUAAAUGAAAAUUGAAUUAUAGAAUUAACAAAAAUAAUUUAAUGAAGGUUAGAAACCUUUUCAAGAAUAGAUAAAGACUUUAUCAAUUGAAUAAUAGAAGUUGAAAUCUUAAGCAUAAAGAUAUUAGAAUGAGAUUAAAACAUUAGAAAAUAGAAUUGCAAGUAUUAAUAGUUAUAAUAUAGAUUUGCUAAUUGAAAAUGAAUAGGUUAGAACUUAAAUGGAGAAACUUAAAAUUAUGAAUGAGAAUUUAGUGAAGGAUAAAUAAUGUUAGGAAAUUAAGAUUUAAGAGAAUUUGAGAGAGAUUGAAAUUUGGAAAGAUAAAUAUGUGAAGAGUGUAUAAAAUGGUGAAAAGUAAAAUGAGAGAGUUUAAAAGGAAUUAGCAAAAAUAGAAAGUAUUUGAAUGUAAUUAAGAAAAUUUAAGGUUUAAAGGAAUAGAUCAAUAAAUUGAAUGAGCAAUUAGAAUAGAUAAUUGAGUAAAACAAUAUUUUAGAGGAAUAAUUAUAGAAAGCAUAAUAAGAGUCUCGAAAUCUUAGAAAUCAAUUAGUGGAUGGUGUAAGAAGAGAGAGUGGUUCAGGAAAUAAAUCUAAUGGGUUUGUUAAACAUAAAGCAUGA